GUUAGAAGCGAAGGGUCAUGGCGGGUCCGCUGUCCGGCUUGUACGGCAGUGUAUCCAACAUCGGUGACUCGGGUUCCUCAAGGAUGAAGACGAGAAGGACCAUCGCUGUCGCUGCUUCUCUCGUCUCUUUGGGGCUCGUUGCUGCUCUGGCUGCUCUAGCACUUGUACAUGAAUCUAGCGUGGAAAGGAAUGUUCUCAUGAACAAGCAGCAGGCUGCUUGGUGGGGUUAUCCACACAAGGAUGCAAAUGGGGUCUGGCAUCGAGGCUGGUUGUCAAAGUUUGAGAACAGGAGAAGAAGAGCGCAAGCAUCAGCGUCCACCGGCUCGAACAAGAACGAGCUGAAAGAAAUUCACUCCAUGCUGAAUGAGGCUGUCGACAUGUUGAAGAGCUAUGAGCACAAGGGCUCUAUGCUCUCCACUGGCACUGGGAGGUCCAUGAGUCACGCUACUGCCGAUCGACUCAAGAAGGUCGAGGGCGAGGCGUCUCGCAGCCUCCCGGGUGUAACAGAAUAUCCCAAGUGCUUCAUCAACAACGAGUUCACCGAUGCCGAUAGAGCUCAUUUCAUCCGAAGGAUGGGAGAGGCUGCUGACAACUUGGUGCUCUCGUACCCCGACUGGGCCAAAGGACAAUCUAUCCCUGGCCGAGCGCAGGAUGGAGAAUGGCGUCAUGACAGAGGGCCGCCGUAUGUUCAGCGUUUGACCAUGUUCUCUGGCCAAGGAGUUGACACUAUCAGCAAUGGCGAUCUCGUUCGUAGGAUCCUCGGGCUCAACAAGGCGUUUCAGAAACCUUGUGACCUGCGAUCAUGCGAUCAUGCCUUCACGGGGAAUCAGUACUUGAAGAGCUUCGACGGGUCGCAGUUCCGUUUCUUGUACAGGAAUCAGUGCUCGGCUAUCGUCGUUCCUCCGCUCACCAAUGGUGCCGGUCCCAUCCUCAACCACAACGGCAUGUAUCGCCUUCACCACUACUUGAAAGACGGGUACAACACCCUCAUCGUUACUGGUGGAGUUGCCAACAUCCUCUUCAUCAACCAGAACGUGGCUACUCUCGACGGUGGUUUCUCCCUCGAGCCCAACUGGGUUGAUGGGCCGUACGAGGCUCAGGCUGCUCAAGGAGCCAACACUCCCUUCGCCGCACUCUCCGUCACUCUCCCAGGACCUGGUGUUGCUGUCACCGGCGUGAAGAUUUCGUCCCUUCCCCGCAAUGCCAUCAGCUACUACGAGGCUGAGGACACAUCGGUAGUUUUCGAGAUCCCCAUGGGAACGGGAAGGAUCAUCUAUCUUGGGUAUGAUUAUUCAGAGCCUGUCACUCCUUGGGUUCAUGCCCUGAUUGCCUCCACCAUGUUCAACGAUUAUGACUUCAAGGCGCCUCCACCAGAGCACAUGGCGCGGUCGGUCAAUCGGUGGGGAGUCAAGGACAACUAAGCUAUGUAAUCCUAUCAAUGAAUCUCUAGCCGGGAUCCGCCGGUCUCUGGCUUCUG